AUCGGUGCGAAUGUAUGUGUGAGGAAACACAAUGAUUUAGUCAAUUCCGCGUUGUCAAUAAAGUAAUUUUAAUCAUUGUUUUCUCACUCACUUUUUGACAAAUGAAAGAGCCUCUGUUCAAAAGUUUGCACCAAGGAAUCUUCGCGGAAGUGGGACUUCUCUACUUUUAAGGCCUUCAUUUCCACUCAAAUAUCGCUCUGUCAAAAAACUUGAAGCUUUACUCCUCAUCUCUUGUAAUUCUCAUUUCAUCACAUCUUUGAUCUUCUCAAUCUUCUGCUUGUCGACUCUAAUGGCUUCAUCAAUCCAACAAGGAGACUCCUUUUCUUCUCCCACUCGCCGGUGGGACUACGAUGUCUUCUUGAGCUUUAGAGGUGAAGAUACCCGCAAUGGUUUUACUGGCCAUUUACAUCGUGCUUUGGUUGACAACGGUUUCAAGACCUUCAUUGAUGAUGAACUCCCAAGAGGAGAACAAAUUUCAGCGGAACUUCUCAAAGCUAUCAAAUCGGCUAGGAUUUCAAUUAUUAUAUUCUCUCAAAACUACGCAUUUUCUGCUUGGUGCUUAGAUGAACUUGUCGAGAUUCUUAACUGCAAGCAAAAUGGACAAUCGGUUCUGCCUGUUUUUUACAAAGUGGAUCCAUCUGAUGUGCGUAAGCAAAAAGGUAACUUCGAAGUAGCACUGGCUGAACAAGAAAACAAAUUCAAGGAUAACAUAGGGAAGGUGCAGAGGUGGAGGGCAGCUCUAAAUGAAGCGGCUAAUUUGUCCGGAUGGCAUUAUAAAGAUUGCGACCCUGAAUACAAAUUCAUCCAACAAAUUAUUGAAAAUAUAUUGGAUACCAAAUUAGAUGAAAUACAGUUAUUUGUUGCAACAUACCCUGUUGGAGUAGAUUCUCGUGCCAAGGCCGUAGAAUCACAUUUAGAAAUUAAGGUAAACGAUUUUCGAAUGGUAGGGAUUCAUGGUCUUGGGGGAAUAGGUAAGACAACUAUUGCAAAAGCUGUUUAUAAUAGAAUUUUUAAGCAUUUUGAAGGAAGUUGCUUUCUAGAAAAUGUUAGAGAAAGUUCUGAAACAAAUGAUGGCAUGAUCCAACUACAAGAGAAACUCCUUUUUAAUAUCUUAAGGGGCAAACAUUUGAAGGUGGUGAGUGUAGCCCGUGGAACCAAUAUGAUAGAGGAAAUGCUUCUUCGUAAAAGAAUUCUUGUAAUUCUUGAUGACGUGGAUAAAUCAAAACAAAUAGAAAAUUUGUUUGGAAAUUAUGAUUGGUUUGCUUCAGGAAGUAGAGUCCUUAUAACAACAAGAGACAAACACUUGCUCGAUAAUCUUGGAAAAGUUUGUACAACUUACAAGGUGACAGAAUUGGACAAAUGUGAAGCUCUUGAACUCUUUAAUCAGCAUGCCUUCAAAGGAAAUAAACUUGAGGAAGAUUAUUCUAAACUUGCAAACCAAGUCAUACAAUAUGCCAAUGGCCUACCAUUAGCUUUAACAAUAAUAGGUUCUGAUUUGUGUGGGAAAACAAGAUCUGAAUGGGAAAGUGCAAUACAGCAAUAUGGAAAAAUUCCUAAAGGAGAUAUUUAUAAAUUACUUAAAGUAAGUUAUGAUGGAUUGGAAGAAGUGGAAAAGGAUAUUUUCCUCGAUAUUGCAUGUUUCUUCAAGGGAAUGAACAAGGAUAAUGUUGUAAAUAUAUUAGAUGCUUGUGAUUUAUAUCCAACAUUUAAUAUUCCAAACCUUGUUAAUAAAUGUCUCAUAACUAUUAGUCAUGGCAUAUUGUGGAUGCAUGACUUGGUACAACAAAUGGGUAGAGAAAUUGUUCGGCAAGAAUCACCAAAAAUCCUUAACAAACGUAGCAGGUUAUGGCAUUAUGAGGAUGCACUUGAAGUACUAACUGGAAAUAAGGGGUCAGACAAAAUUCAAGGUAUAAUGUGGCAUUCGCCUAAUCCAAUAACAGUGCAAUUACAUGCUAAAGCUUUCAAAAAGAUGGAAAAUCUCAAAUUUCUUAUGGUUCGUAAUGUACUCAUUUCUAAAGAACUUAAAUAUCUUCCCAAUGGGUUAAAGUUACUUGAAUGGAACGAAUAUCCUUUUUCUUUGCCAUCCAAUUAUCGUCCUCAACAACUUGUUGUACUCGAGAUGCCGCGUAGUUGCAUUAGAUUGGAGGAGCUAUUCAUGCAGGGGGGCCAUUACAAUAAUUUGAAAAGUAUCAAUUUGGAAAGGUGUAUAUCCAUUAGAAAAUUACCUGACUUGUGCGCCCCAAACUUAGAGAGAUUGAACAUUAAUGGUUGUGAAAAUUUAAUUGAGGUUCAUGAGGCCAUUGUAUCACUUGAUAAGCUCAAAAUGUGGGAUCUCAGCAAUUGCAAAAAACUUCAAAUUCUUCCUAGCAGCAUUAGGUUGAAAUCUCUUAAAGAGAUUCAUCUAGAUAGCUGCGUAAGUCUUGAAAAAUUACCUAACUUGGGUGCCCCAAACUUAGAGUCAUUGGACAUUAGGGAUUGUGAAAAUUUAAUUGAGGUUCAUGAGGCCAUUGGAUCUCUUGAUAAGCUCAAACAGUGGAAUCUCAGCAAUUGCAAAAAACUUCAAAUUCUUCCUAGCAGCUUUAGGUUGAAAUCUCUUGAAUAUAUUGAUCUAGGUGGCUGCGUAAGUCUUGAAAAAUUACCUGACUUGGGUGCUCCAAACUUAGAGAAUUUGAGCAUGGGUAAUUGUGAAAAUUUAAUUGAGGUUCAUGAGGCCAUUGGAUCUCUUGAUAAGCUUGAGUCGUGGUUUCUCAACAAUUGCAAAAAACUUCAAAUUCUUCCCAGCACCCUUAGGUUGAAAUCUUUAGAAACUAUUAGUCUAUGCGGCUGCGUAAGCCUUGAAAAGUUUCCCAAUUUUCACCCAGAAAUGAAAUGUGAGAGGUUCGAUUUUCUUUAUAGUAAUAUUAGAGAAUGGCCUUUGUCAUGGGAGUAUCUAAGUGGUGGGGUUAUUCACUUAAGCCUAGGUAAGUGUCAAAACGUUGGGGAUUUUCUUGUUAGCAUUUUGGGAUGUAAGUUUACGAACUUGAGACAUCUGGACGUCUUUGAUUGUGACACACAUAUAAUUGAAUCACAUAUUUUGAUGAAGCCCGAUUCCUUCCCCUCAUUAGAAUAUCUAAGAAUAGAUGGCUCUAAUAUUGUUACAAUCCCGGAAAGCAUUAUUAGAUUUACUACAUUACGGCUACUUUCCAUGCGUAAUUGCAAGAUCCUACGAGAGAUUCCAAGGCUUCCACAGUCUAUAAGAAAAGUGGGCGCGUCAGACUGCAUGUCGUUGGAUCUACCAUCAUCAUGCAGACUAUUUAAUCAGUUUCUAGAAAUAUUCAUGGAUCCCUCGCAUUUUGAUUACGAUGGUUAUUAUUAUGAUCUUGUACUACCAAGAAUUGGGAUUCCGAAGUGGUUCAAAUUGAACCAUCAGAGUGUUGGAAAUUCUGUAUCAUUCGUGGUUGGCCGUGAAUUUCAAAAAUUAUUUCUCUGUUUUGCUUUUCGAUCGGCGGAGGUCAAAGCUACAAAAGCAACUUAUUUCGUUGUUUCCACCAAUGGUUUUUCACUAAAAGAUAACGCAUGGCUCAUAUCAGGAGUUACUGAGCAUCUCUUUUUACGCCCUUUAUAUCUUGGGGGAUGGAAUGCAUCAAAUCCAUCUGAACAGAAUGACGUUACGAUUACAGUUGAAAUCCAGUAUCAGGGCAUGUCCUCUUCUUCUGAUGAUCCCAAAAUUACAUGGUUGGGAGUCCAUGUAGACUGCAUCUGUUGUGGGUCUUCAUCGGUUCCUGAUGACAUUGAUCACCAUUCUUUUCCAUCUGAUGUGGGGCUUCAAAUGGACACCACAAAUGGGCUCGACUUACCCAUGGGUCACCCAGGUUUGGGAUUUACUUAUGGGUUGGAUGAUCUAGGUUCAUCUUCAAUUGCCCGGAUUUGUGAUAACACUGACCCAGACUUUGAAUCAUCAUUUCGUGAUGAUGUGCACGAUUUGGACUCAUCUGCUAGUAGAGAUGCUUGCCCUCCCAUUGUCCUUGAUGACAUUGAGCACCAUUCUUUGCCAUCUGAUGUGCUUCCAGUGGAUACCACAAAUGGGUCCGAAUUAGGCUUGGGUUGGCAAGAUUUGGGAUUCAAUGAUGGGUUUGAUCUAGGUUCCUCUUCAGUGGCCCAUGCCUUUGACAACAAUAAUUUUGACUUCAAUCAGUUUCCACCAUCAAAGAAGGCAAGAAGAUCUUGAUCAAACUUCAAAGAAUUAUGCUUCCACCUGAAAGCAACCUCGAUGCCAAGUUGUUGUUGCUGUUGAAGUAAUUGGUGUUUCAAGUUCAACUCUCAGAGAUGAAAAUGCUUUAGAUCUAUCCAGCCAAGCUGAAUUAUGUGAUGGUUAGUGUGGUAAAAUGUUGAAAGGUCCUAUUAGUCUAAAGGUUUAUCUUUGUUAUUUCUUUUUACUUUUUAGGUUUGAAGUGUUUGCAGGAAUUCAAAACCUCUGAGGUAAGACCAUGGAAAUGUUAUUUUGCGGAUCUCCAGCUUUAGUGAUCAAUGUUUUGGUGAAUAUUCUUGGAUGGGAGGAUGGUACAAGGUUGAUGAGUUAAAUUGCAACCGUUUCAUAAUCGUUCAAUGAUUCAGCUUCAAGAGCUACGAUGGGAGGAAUGUGGAGCAGUCAUUAAAGUACUAGAUCCUAUGUCAAGGUCAUCAAGAGGUACUCUCUACAGUUAAAAAGUGAUGCAGCAAACACAUGGGAAGUGGACACUGCAUUUAAACCAUCUGGUGUUCUUUUCAGCAGUUUUCUUGGAAGUAUUGCACCUGACAGGAUCAUACAUUGGAGGAAUGUGGAGCCGUCAUUAAAGGACUAGAUCCUAUGUCAAGGUCAUCAAGAGGUACUCUCUAUAGUUAAAAAGAUUAUUUAUUGCGAGGUUCUGGAAAAGCUCGAACAGGUUCAGCUGCCAAGGAACGAUGAUAGUUUUGAGAUGGAUGUGCAAAUUAGUCCAAAGAUUAACAAAGGGGGGAUUGGAACUUCACACAGCUCUUAGAAGAAGGGUCUAACAUGAAUAAUGAACUUAUGAUGGACUCUCCACAAGAUGAAGUCCAUACCCUACAGUUUCCACCUAAAGUUCAAAUGGAAUCCAUUACUAAGAAGACACAUCGGGUGGUAAUUUCAUGGUAGAAGAAGACUGUCUCAUUGUGUCAGCAUGGCUCAAUAUUUCAGUAGAUGCGAUGCAAGGGAAUGAACAAAAACACAAAACAUAUUGGAAUAGAGUUUUGGAGUGCUUCAAUAAAGAGAAGACAUUGCAUCUACUCGUAUUGCAAACUCUCUAAUGAAUAGUUGGUCAACAAUUCAACUCCAUACUAAUAAGUUUGUUGGGUUCUUAGCUUUGAGAUGACUAAUCCAAGAAGUGUGAAUGAGCAAAACAAGAUUAAUAAGGCAAAGGAAGCGUAUCUAAAGGUCCAAAAUACUGCAUUCCGAUUUGAUCAUUGUUGAAAUAUCUUGAGGCAUCAACCAAAAUGGUUGGAAUUAAGGCUCAAACAAUAUUAUCAACCACAACAUCUUUUUCUUCUACUUUGCAUUCGAUACAUCUAGGGGAAGACGAGGUCUCUUAUGCUUCCUUUGUAGACUUUGGAGAGACCACCGGUAGGAAGGCUGAAAAGGAAACGAUUAAAUAAACUAAAAAGUAAUGAUAGUUUGAUUUUGAAUCUUGAAGGGAUAUCGAAUGACAUGGCAGAAAAGAAGAACAAAAAAUCUAAUGAGAAAAAAAAAAUGCUCUUGAGAGGGAAUUUUCUCAAACUCAAGAACUCAUAGAGAUUAAGAAAAUGAAGCACCAAGAACUUGUGGAGAUCAAGAAAAUGGAGUUUGAAGAGUUGAUUCAUGUUAAGAGAGAGAAGCUUCAAUUAAAACGAAUGAUGAAAGAAUUAGAAAUUACCAUGAUGGAUACUACAAACUUGGAUCCAAAGCAGUAACAAUACAUUAGCCAACUCCACCAAGAAAUCAUUCAACGUCAAGAGAACAGUAAUUGGUGAAUAUUGUUGCAAUGUAGCAAGCUAGUCAUGCAACGUUUUUGUACAAUGCAUGGAUUUUGUUGUUAGGGUGUUUCUAAACUUGUCAAAUUUUGUUGUAUAGAAAUGUGUGCACCAUUUUUUGGUAUUAAGUAAAAAGUGAAUGAUAAUAUUGUGAUUGGAGUUCUCUUUUUCUUGUUCUUA